AUGUAGAACUAACUCAGGUCUAUAAGAAGAUGCAAAUCAAUGAGAAAUGUUAAUUAAGAUUCCAUGAUUGAUUCACUCAACACACCUAGAGAUUAGGAUAUGUCUUUAUUUAAUUUUAUUGAAAUAAAAAGGUUUUGCGAUUUAUUGUAAAUAUAAAGAUAAAAGGAUAAAGCAUUGAAAUAAUAAUAAAAACGAGAUCAUCUAAGAAACUUAUUAGCUAAGAAAUUUAGAUUAAUUUAUAAUGUGAUAAGGUUAUUGCAUCAUCAUGAGAGAGUAGUUUUAGAAAGACAUGAUGAAGGAAUAAAAAAAAAAUCUGUUUUACUUAUUUUUCCAGUAAACUUUUAAUUUAUUUAGGGUGAUACAUCUAGAAGGUUUUGGGACAUCAUUUUAUUGAUUACUUAUAUCUAAACUGCAAUUUAUUUGCCUCUUAGAAUAGCAUUCAUAGAUAAAGAAUCAUUCGGAGUUUAUGAAUUAGAUCUUAUCAACGAUAUUAUCUAUUGUAUUGAGUAUCUAUCAAUUGAUAUAGUUACAGACAUACUUUGUAUCUUGAGGUCUUGCUAUUAUAAUAGAUAAAAUGCUUUAGUUCAAAACUAAUGGUCUAUAUUUUUAAAUUAUUUGAGAGGUUGGUUGAUUCCUGAUAUCAUUACUUUUAUUCCAUUUGAUUCGAUUUAUCAGUAAUUUGUUGUAAAAUUUAGUUUUCAUGUUUAAUAUCAUAAAUUUCCCAGAUUUAUCAGAGUAUUUCGAAUUAAUCGUAUUUUAAAAGUCUCAACCUUUCAUUAAAACAAAUAGUAAUUAUUUAAUAUUAAUAGUUUUUGUUAUUAGUAAUUGGGAAAAUGUGUUUAAUAUAUUCAACUCUUAUUAAUUAAACAUUUUUAGAAUUAUAGUCAAAUUUAUUUAUGGAUUACAUCUAUUCUCUUGUCUAUGGUAUUUAGCUUCAAAUAUUAAUAAUGAAGAAUAUUAAGAAGAUUAAGAUUAUUAAGGGUUUCUAAACUAAAAUUCACAAUAUAUUAAAUGUUUAUUUUGGGCUUUAUAAACAUUUUCAACUAUUGGUUAUGGAAAUGAUGCAGCUAAAAAUUAUGCUUAAUAUGUAGUGGCAAUUUUAUGGAUGUUUUUAGGUGCUUCAUUUUAUUGUGUGAUAUUAUUAAAUCUAUCAGAAUGGUUAAAAAAAUUAAAUUCAGAAUGUGUUUAUGUAGAAAUGCAAAAUACUUUAAAAUUGUUCUUUAAAAAAAUUGAAGUCAUUAAAGAAGUCUAAACAAAAGUUCAAUUAUAUUUAUCAUUAAAUAUAAAAUAAAACUAAGCUUGGUCUUUAAGUAUGUAAGAAUGGUUUUAAAAUUUACCCAUUAUAAGAUAAAAAGAAAUUACUCUCUAUGUUUCUUAUAUUGAAAUGAUGUAGAUUCAUUUUUUUAGACUCAAUCUCAAUUUUUCAGUAUCCAUUUUACCUAAGAUGAUGUUAAUGAAAACUUAAUAAAAUUGUAAAAUUUGGAUUAAAGAUGAAGUAGUUAAUGAAAUUUAUUUCCUAAUUAGAGGUAAAUUAUAAUAUAGAACUUAAUUUGGAAAAAUACUUUUAUAAAUAAACGAAGGAUCUAUAUUUGGUGAAUAAGAAUAUUUUAAAAAACACAAAUUUUCAAAAUAACAUUCUAGAAAAAAUUAUGCUGUUGCAAUUGAAUUGUGCGAAUAUAUAAUUUUAAAUGGAGAAUAUUUUUUUUAAUAAAUGAGUGCAUUUCCAGCCUUACGUUAAUAUUUAGCUAUUAUAGCUUAUAAUAGAGAAUAAAGAAUGAAAGCAUAAAUAAUUUAUAACAGAUUUGAAAGAGAAAGAGAAAUUAUUAGUACAUUAAAACUUGAAAAAAUUAAAGAAACAUGUAAUAUAGAUGUUAUAAGAUAUGAUGGUAUGAUUAAACCAUUAAAAUCUAUUAUUUAUGAUACAUAGCAUUCAAGAACACAAUAAGUAUUAGAAUAGAUAAUUCAUAAUAGAAGAAAUAAAGUUGAUAAAUUAAUGUAACAAUUUAAAAAAGUUGUUUAAAUGAUAAUAUUUGCAAAUAAAUUAAUAGAAAAACAAUCAUUUAAUAUUAGUAAAGUUCAUCCAAUGAUUUUUCAAUAAUAAUAAACUUAAACUACUUUAAAAACAUUAUCUAAUGAAUCUAGAAUAAUUGUUUCACAAAAUUAAUAAUUGAUUCAUUAAAAUUACCAAAAUCAAAACAUUAAAAAAAUUGAAAAAAGCAUUAUAAUUAAAAUGAAAUAAUUUAGUAAUGUAAGUUACAGAAAACGUAAAUAAUAAAUUAGUAAUAAAAUUUGGAUUCAUAAUUAAAACAAAAAAUAUGUCCUAUAGCAGAUGUUUAGAGUUAAAUAUUCAAGGAAUUAAAUAGAAAACACAUACAGUUUUCAAGAUUAUGUUUUAGAAGUUGAUGAUUUUUCGCAUUAUGAGAGAUAAUUAAGACUUUUCAGAAAUAAUUUUUAAGAUAUAAAGAACAUGAAAAAAUAAAUUAAAUAAUAUAAAGAAUUACUGAAAAAAUAAAUUACAGAUUUAGAAAAUGAACUACUUAAUGUAUGUACUUAAAUUGAAAAACUAGAAUUAAAAGUGUGA